AAACACUGCUUGUGUGUAACCCCGGACUGCAGAGAUGUCUCAUGUGGUAAAAAAGAGAAAAUUGGAUAAAACCCGGCAGGACCGGCUGUAUUUCGACAGCUACACCGAUGUGACCAUCCACGAGGAGAUGAUAGCGGACCACGUGCGGACCAGCACGUACCGGAACGCGAUCCUGCGGAACGCCGAGUGUCUGCAGGGGAAAGUCGUGCUCGACGUGGGAGCAGGAACCGGCGUGCUGAGCAUCUUCUGCGCCCAGGCCGGGGCCCGGAAGGUGUACGCCGUGGAGGCGUGCUCCAUCGCCGAGCAGGCCGCCAAGAUCGUCCGGCACAACGGGCUGGAGGACACGGUGGAGGUGGUGCGGGGCACGGUGGAGACGGUGCAGCUCCCGGAGAUGGUGGACGUGAUCGUGAGCGAGUGGAUGGGCUACGCGCUCCUGCACGAGUCCAUGCUGGACUCGGUGCUGCACGCGCGGGACCGCUGGCUGAAGCCCGGCGGGCUGAUCCUGCCGAGCCGGGCCGAGCUCUACAUCGCGCCCAUCAUGGACCCGGUGGCGGAGGACCGCCUGCACUUCUGGUACACCGUCAAGGAGCAGUACGGCGUGGACAUGUCCUGCAUGUCGGACUUCGCGCGCGGCUGCAUCAUGAACUCGGACAUCACCGUGAACACGGUGACCGUGGAGGACGUGCUGUCCCACCCGGCCCGCUUCGCCGAGCUGGACCUCAACACGGUGACCUUGGAGGAGCUGCGCGCGGUCAAAGGUCACUUCAGGUGCGAGUGCUUCGGCUCGGCGGCCGUCAACGCCUUCUGCGUCUACUUCACCGUCAGCUUCACGUGCCCGGACAAGCCGCAGCCGCUCGUGCUCUCCACGUCCCCGUUCAAGCCGGAGACGCACUGGAAGCAGGCCGUGCUGUACCUGGACGCGCCGGUGCGCGUGGAGCAGGACACCCCGGUCACCGGGGAGGUGCGCAUGUUCCCGUCCGAGGAGAGCGCGCGCUUCAUCUGCAUCCGCGUGGACUUCACGGUGGGGGAGCACAGGACGCAGUCCAAGACGUUCUCCAUCCCGGACUGGAGCCGCGAGCCUCAGCUUUAAUGCCACUCCUCACCUGGCCCCUCUGUUUCAGCUCCACGCGCUCACUGUGAAGAGUUUAGGUUUUUUUUCUUUGUCCUGGUUGUUACAGUAAAACUUGAUCUCCAGUCUGACCUGAGAGGGUUUUCAGUCACGCCUGCUCUCAUACCUCAUAAAUAACUCCUGAAAUGGAAAAUAAACCUCAAACCUCACCCCUUUCAAAUCAGUCUCAUGUGAACACAUUUUAAUAUUAUGCAGAAGCUCUGCAGUCAGUGGUUAUAUUUAAAAAAAAAAAAAUCAAUCCAUCUAACAAUUACCAGAUUUUGUAACCAAUAAAAUGUCCUGUUCUUUUCUGCAACAUACAA